AUGUCGUACUUUGCACACACUACGCCAUUUGCUUCUAACUCGCUGGAGACGAAGGAUGACUUGACAAAAUACUUGGUCGGCUUGCUUGAUCCUCUGGCAGCUCACACCUCCCCAGGUGGGGCCCGCAUCCACCUCGGCUUCACUGGAACCCACUACGACGAGGCAGCAGCGCAACUAGAGGGUUUCUCCCGUCCCAUCUGGGGUCUUGCGUCUUUACUUGCGGGCGGGGGUGCUUACGAAGGUUCGCAGAGAUGGGUCAAUGGUUUCGCGAAUGGAACCAAUCCCGACCAUGAGGAAUUCUGGGGAAACAUGAAGGACAAGGAUCAGCGAAUGGUAGAAUGUUCCGCCGUAGGCUUUUCUCUUGCAGUGGCGAAGGAGCAUCUCUGGAAUCCACUGCCGCCAGAGGGUAAGAAGAACCUCGAAGCAUGGCUUGGUGGGAUGAAUGACAAGGAGAUGCCUAACACGAACUGGCUCUGGUUCCGAGUCUUCGCCAACCUCGGCCUGUCCAAGGUUGGCUCCCCAAAAUAUGAUGCGAAGCGCAUGAAAGCGGAUCUCGAUCACCUGGACACGUUCUACAUCGGCGACGGCUGGUCUCGAGAUGGGCCAGAGGGCGUCGUCCAGCUCGACUACUAUUCGUCGUCCUUCGCCAUCCAAUAUGCACAAUUAGUUUACUCGAAGCUGGCUCAAGCAGAGGACCCCGCACGGUGUGAGGAAUUCAAGAACCGCGCACGAAAGUUUGCCCUUGACUUCGUGUACUACUUUGAUACGGAAGGACGUGCCAUUCCGUUUGGGCGGAGUCUGACAUAUCGCUUUGCGAUGUCUUCCUUUUGGGGCGCCUUGGCGUUCGCCGACGUUGAGCUACCUGCACCGUUGACUUGGGGAGUCGUGAAGGGCCUUCAGUUGCGGAAUAUCCGCUACUGGGCCAGGCAACCCGGCGCAUACUACCCAGAUCGUACGCUCACGAUAGGCUACUGUUACCCGAAUCAUAACAUGACCGAAAACUACAACUCUCCCGGUAGUCCAUACUGGUGCUGCAAAUCGUUUAUUGCGCUAUCACUACCUAUCUCCCAUCCUUUCUGGGCAUCAACGGAGGAACCGUACCCUGUUUCGCUGACGAAUACGACCAAACCUCUCUACAAGCCUCUCCACAUUGCCACGAACCUCGGCGGGCACCACUACAUCCUCUCCUCGGGGCAGCAAUGCUCGUAUCCUGUCAAGCAAAGCGCCGCCAAAUACGGCAAGUUUGCGUACUCCUCCGCGUUCGGGUACAGCGUGCCCGUCGGGAGCCUCACGCUCGAAGAGCUCGGUGGCGACAACGCGCUCGCGCUGAGUGACGACAACGGCGAGGUGUGGAAAUGCCGCCGCGACACGCGCGAGGCGCGCAUCGAGGGCGGGCGCUGGCUCCGCUCGAUGUGGUACCCGUGGAAGGACGUCGCUGUCGAGACGUGGCUUGUCCCGCCCACUGCGGACGCCCCGCUCUGGCACCUGCGUAUCCACCGCAUUCGCACCGGGCGCAACUUGAUCUCGGCAGAGGGCGGGUGGGCUCUCUAUGGCCAGGACAAGGACGACCGCGCGCUGCGGCCGUCCACGGGCGAGGCCUUUGGCACGCUGGAGAACAGCGGAGAGGCGCGCACGGCGUCGAAGGCGGGGGCGGCUGGUAUUGUCGAGCUGGGCGGGCGACAGGGGAGGAGCGGCAAGGCGCUGCGCACAGACGCGAACACGAACCUGAUGGUGCCCAGAGCGGUGAUGCCGAUCCUGAUGGACGAGCACGAGGCGAGCGAGAAAGACAUCUGGCUUGUGACGGGCGUGUUUGGCCUGCCGAGCGCGGAGGGGCAAGAAGGGGCUGCACCUGGGUGGGAGACACAGUGGUUCAAGAGACCUACCGUUCCAGAAGAGAUUGCGGACCUCAUGAGAUAA